AUGGAAUCAGCUGUUGACAUACCUGAAGCAGGCUCGAGGGUCGUGUUGUUUCAGCUGCUGAAGGAACAGGCUUUACAAGGUGUGGCGGCCGACUACGGUGCAUUGCAAGGUGUGGCGGCCCGCUACGGUGCAUUGCAGGGUGUGGCGGCCCGCUACGGUGCAUUGCAGGGUGUGGCGGCCCACUACGGUGCAUUGCAAGGUGUGGCGGCCCGCUACGGUGCAUUGCAGGGUGUGGCGGCCCACUACGGUGCAUUGCAAGGUGUGGCGGCCCACUACGAUGCAUUACAGAAGAGUUCGGGGAGAAAUGAUUACGGUGCAUUGCAAGGUGUGGCGGCCCACUACGGUGCAUUGCAAGGUGUGGCGGCCCACUACGGUGCAUUGCAAGGUGUGGCGGCCCACUACGGUGCAUUGCAAGGUGUGGCGGCCCACUACGGUGCAUUGCAAGGUGUGGCGGCCCACUACGGUGCAUUGCAAGGUGUGGCGGCCCACUACGGUGCAUUGCAAGGUGUGGCGGCCCACUACGGUGCAUUGCAAGGUGUGGCGGUCCACUACGGUGCAUUGCAAGGUGUGGCGGCCCACUACGGUGCAUUGCAAGGUGUGACGGCCCACUACGGUGCAUUGCAAGGUGUGGCGGCCCACUACGGUGCAUUGCAAGGUGUGACGGCCCACUACGGUGCAUUGCAAGGUGCGGCGGCCCACUACGGUGCAUUGCAAGGUGUGACGGCCCACUACGGUGCAUUGCAAGGUGCGGCGGCCCACUACGGUGCAUUGCAAGGUGUGGCGGCCCACUACGGUGCAUUGCAAGGUGUGGCGGCCCACUACGGUGCAUUGCAAGGUGUGGCGGCCCACUACGGUGCAUUGCAAGGUGUGACGGCCCACUACGGUGCAUUGCAAGGUGUGGCGGCCCACUACGGAUCACAGGAACUUGUGGCCCGUGUGGCGGCCCACUACGGUGCAUUGCAAGGUGUGGCGGCCCACUACGGUGCAUUGCAAGGUGUGGCGGCCCACUACGGUGCAUUGCAAGGUGUGGCGGCCCACUACGGUGCAUUGCAAGGUGUGGCGGCCCACUACGGUGCAUUGCAUGGUGUGGCGGCCCACUACGGUGCAUUGCAUGGUGUGGCGGCCCACUACGGUGCAUUGCAAGGUGUGGCGGCCCACUACGGUGCAUUGCAAGGUGUGGCGGCCCACUACGGAUCACAGGAACUUGUGGCCCGUUAG